UUGGGAUGCUCUAACCCGAUAUGUCGUCUACUGUGAUGUGGAGCUGAUCCCGACUUUUCACUGGGUGUGGGGCUUUCUCUCUCUAUUCUUCAUCUUUUACCUCCUUUAGGGGUUUUUCUCUCUCUAACCUCACACCUCGACACCUAGCUUCAAUGGCGUCCGAAGAACUCAACAGUUUUCCUUCGCUCCCUCCAUAUCCCCAGAUGAUUAUGGAGGCACUAGAUGCACUGAAACAAGCGGAGGGUGCUAACAAGUCAUCGAUAUCCAAGUACAUGGAAUCCAAGUAUGGCGAAAUGCCUCCGGGGCAUGCGGAGCUGUUAUCAAAUGAGUUGAGCAGAAUGAAGGAGAGUGGGGAGCUUGUGUUCAUCAAGAACAACUAUCUGAAGCCCGGCCCCGAUGCACCUCUCAAGCGUGGUAGAGGCCGACCCCCGAAGCCAAAGCAGCCCCUGCCCCCGGGCACCAUCUCCGCCCCUCCUAGGCCUCGGGGUAGGCCAAGGAAGGAUCCCAAUGCACCACCUGCCCCCAAGAAGCCGAAGCCCCCAUCAGCCCCCCCGAGCAUCUCCAAGACUGGCAGGCCUAGGGGAAGGCCGAGAUAGGUGAAUCCGCAGCCAUUUCAGACCGGAGUUGAAGCCUAAGAUGCUUGCAGGCUGCCCCCUUUUAACUUAGAGGUUUGUGUUCUUCAGUAGGCCUUUCCUCGCUGAAUUGUGCUUUUAACUUUUAGUGUUUGUGUGUAGCGUAGCUUCGAUGUAAAUUUGGUAAGUGAUUGUCUGCUUGUACUUGCUGAGAUAACUGAUCUCAUUCAUGGAGUUCACUUGAAUUUUCUGGUGUUGUUUGUACUGUUACAUUUACAUCACAUGCAUUUCCCGACAACCGUUGGUUUUGCAUGUUUGUAAUCAAGAAGUUGCUCAUUUUCUCUUGCAAA